CAGCACAACGAGCAAACGGAAACCGGAAACCGGAAACGGAAGUGGAAGUGGAAGUGGAAAGGCAGUGGCUACACAGCGCAGUUUAUCGGGCAGAGAACCGAAGGCAGACAACUGACGACUGGCAACUGAGCGCAGUGAAGUGUUUGUUUUCGGCGUUAUCAGUGGAUGCACGCGGUUCCAGCUCUGAUUGUUGGGAUCAGGAUAGGGUUUGGGCCACUCCGAUUCAGAGCAAAUCCAGGACCCGGAGGGACGGAGGAGGCUGCGAGCCGGAGAGGCGUGUCACUAGCAGGUGGCUGAGCCGGUUAACCAGAGUCCGACGGCAAAAACCUCCUCUCAGCCAAAAAACCGAAACAAAAAACACUGGCCCAUAAUUAACCGCAUGCCGCAAGCCCCACCGAGAAAGGCAAACACCGAAAUCAAAACACAGAGAAUCGCUAAGGGGAAAGAGCAACGGUGGCGUAAAAUGCGGCCUAAGUGCUUUGGCAAUUAUGCCAAAAUUGUUAACAAAAUACGAAAUGUACCCAACUAAGUAACAGCGACAGCAGGAAGCCGCAGGAGUUACAAAGGACCCAAGGAUAGGCGACGACAGGUGGCAGGCGGUCGCCUUGGAGGACCUCUCCUUCGAUUCACUUGGUACAUAGUUCGGCCUGGGGCCCCGAAACCUACCCUUCGAUUGUCGAAAAGCAACAGAGCUCAAGACCCAUUCCCGAGCCCAAAUUGAAACCUCAAUAGAAAACAACACAGAGAAAGGAAGCAGUAACAAAAACUCACUUGGGCUGCCAUCCAAAUCAACGGCUGUCAGACAAAAAGUCGCUUUUUAUUGAUUUUUAUAGGGCCAAGCAAGCGGGAAACACCAAAAAGCAAUGAACAGCAAAGAAUAAUAACACAAAGCCGCAGAGAAGUCGAAACAAAAUACAAAUACAAAUACGAAUAAAAUAAAAACAAAAAGUGAACGCAAUGUGAAUAAUUCCCCAGUUGAGCAGAGGCGAGCACGAAACGGAAAAACUGUUGCCCCGCCUCCCCAGCCAACCCGUUUUCCCCAAUUUCCCCGUUUCCCCCGAACCACCAUCGGGACCCCCGACUUAUAGUAUAUCAAUACACCAUACUAUCGGAGCGUUCAUCAAAUGCGAUUCAAUUCGAUGACGAUUCAAACGGGAGACACCGCAGAGACGGGCGCACACGGAGCCCCAUAAAAAUGUGUUAUAAAAAUAUACACGCAUAAAUUCCUCCUCCUCCUGCCGUCCAGCACAAGGACACAGCUAUACAUCUCCACCCAUUCGGGCGAAAUUUAAUGCAAAUGUCAUUGACAAAGUCAAUUAGCAGGGAGCCAACGAAACGAGCGGAGCAUCUGCAUCUGCACAAUUGAAGAUUCGAGAACUGAUCAGGGGAAGUACACAAGAACAAGACGAGGGAGUGCGGGAUCAAAAGCAAGACUGAUUUUAGUUUAGUUAGAUUAUGUUAAACAACCAAAGAGGGCACAACUAAAGCUGCAACGAACAGGCCAAGUGGAAAGCGUAGCAAAGAGGAAAAGCACCCAUAGGGAAAACCGAGGAAAAUAGAAAAGCAGCAACAAAGCGGCUAAGACAACAAAGGCAACGACAUCCAGCAAAGGCAACCGGGUCCAUUCGAAAGCAUGUUUGUGUUCAUAGUUGUGCUGUUCGUCAACGCUUGCCUAGCGGGCACCAUUCCGGCUACGCCGGAGAACAUAACCGUUACGUUCCUGACGCCCACGGCGGUCCGAGUGUCGUGGCAGACGCAAAUCGAUCUGAAGGCACAUCCCAUCGAGAAGUACAUCGUGACGUACAAGCCGACGGAUGACAGGGUUGUACAGGACGUCGCCGGCAGCAGCGAGGCCAUUGUCCUGGAUCGCCUGCUGCCCAGCACACAGUACUCCCUCGUUGUGACGGCCAUCUGGCAGGGCAAGAAGUACCGCAGUCGCGGGCAGAUCAAGUUCAGGACGCUGGAUCUGCCCAAGAACACCUCACAGCAGGACUUCCCGCCGGGUAUCUACGGGAGCAACGGUGCUCGCAACGGAAGCGCAAACUCCAGCGUCUUCGGCGAGGAUGUGACCUCCACGGCCACCAACACCCUGACGCAUGGCACAACCAGGGAACUGCCCACUAUUCGAGGCGUGGAGAUCGGCAUUGUGCUGAUCGUGCUGAUGGUCUGGGCCGGGGCCAUCGCCUUGUUCUUCAACCGGUGGGGCAAGAUCCGGAUGCUGCUGCCCUACCAGCCGGACUACAAGCACGAGCAGCUGAAGGUGCCGGGCACGGGGGUCUGCAGUGCCAGCGGAUGCAACGGACAGCACUCGCACCAGUUCGACAGCAGUGAAUGUGCCCACCCACCGUUGCACUGCAAUAGUCGCGUAAGCAAUGGCCCGAGGACGCGGCAACGCAGGCGGAGAUCCUUACUAACGCACCUUCCAUUGCAGCACAUCCACAUGCUGGCCGAGGAGCACUCCACCUCCAUCUCGGAGCGCUGCACCCGCAGCCGGAUCAACUCGGCCAUAUUCGUGUCCUCGGAGGGGCGCGGCUUCGACUCCAUCGAGUUCCUGCGCCGCCACGGCUCCCAGAGCGUCCUCUGCAGGAAGGCCAAGAGCGCCGAGAACAUCACGGACAACGGUCGACGGAGGAGCCUGCGACCCUGGCGCACCGACGACGACUCCUGUAAGCAGCAGCACCUCUCGCAGGACAGCAACGACAUCGAGCUGAAGGAGUGCGGCGGCGCUGGUGGAGAGCUGCUCCGGCUGCCGGUCAUCCACGAUGGCAAGCAGUCGCCCACGGCCGUGACUAGUCUGCUGGCGCGAUCGGCGGCCAUAACCACGGCCAACAUGAUUGUGGGCAGCAUUUCGCUGGAGGCACCGCCACCCUACAUGCAGGACGACGAGGGCGAUACGUUGUCCACGGCGGCCCUCAUCCACAGCGAUGCGGCGGCCGUGGUCCACGAAUCCCAGGACUCGGCGGAGACGGUGGAGGAGCUGGUCCAUGUGCCGCUCCUGGCCAGUGCCACGGCCACGGCCAGCGUGUCGGCCUCCUCCUCGCCCAGCAUCGCCAUCGAGGCCAAGCCGCGGGUCCUGGUGCACCAGCGAUCCUCGACCGCCUCCUCCUCGCCGCACAGCAGCCCCAAGAACCUGGGCCUGGGACUCAAGAUCAUCAAGCCCAAGAUCAGUGCCGUGCCAAUGGUUUCCGUAUCCGGUCCCUCGCCGCCCAUCGAGAAGCCACCGCUGGCCGAGUGCUUGUAACAAAUGGCAGCCGAAACAUUUAUCUAAGCUCGCGCUCAAGGCAACUGGACCCAUGGAUCCCG